AACAUGUUUGUUUGCUUGAUGAUACCUCGAUACAUCGUCGUACUACCUACUAUCCCAUUACUACGACUAUUAGAUACUACUCCCUUCUGCAGGGUUUCACAAUUAAUCUGUCAAGGGUUUAAUUGCGUACUUUUGUCCCCAAGUCGCACCCCAUCCUCAUUUUCCAAUUCCAUCCGAUCUUCAGCUCUUAUCGGCCCCCUCCCCUGAUUCCCCGAUAACGCGGAGUUUCCUUGUCCCGAUACAAACGCCCAUCCCGCAACGUCAUCAGAACACUACUCCGUGGCUGGCUCGAUUCCCUCCAGAUGGUUGCAAUGCCCGGGUGGCAGCAGAUUUGACCCCGUCCACUAAGUGAGAUCUCUGUUGAUUGGAGAAUCCUCUUCCCAGAACGCAACAUCUUGACUGCGCCAUGGCUUCCCCUGAGCCGAUCCGAUCAAGGGUCACGCCAUACUUGAUCUAUCUAGUGUUUAUCACGACUUUAGGACCACUCCAAUUCGGUUAUCAUUUGGCCGAACUUAAUGCACCCCAGGCUGUGAUUACUUGUGAACGGAAGAGCAUCCAUUCCUCCACCAAAGCACCCUCUCUACCACAAUGCAUCCCAAUGAACGCGUCGCAAUUUGGCUUAGUGUCUUCUAUCUACACUCUCGGUGGUCUUUUGGGAGCCCUGCUGGCAGGGCCAGUUGCCACCAAGCAUGGCCGUCUAUUCGCUUUACGAACGACAACCGUCUUUUUCAUCCUCGGGCCUGUGGCUGAGACAUUCGCAUCCAACAUACCCCUCCUGAGUCUGGGUCGGCUGCUGGCUGGCAUUGGCGCGGGUGCUGCGAUUGUCGUCGGUCCAAUCUACAUUUCGGAGAUCGCCCCGCCCAGCGCCAGAGGUUUCUUCGGCGCCUUCACACAGGUCAUGACCAACGUCGGUAUCCUAUUGACCCAGUCACUAGGGUACUUCCUGAGCAAAGGAAGUAUGUGGCGGAUUAUUCUCGCCGUUGCCGGUUUCAUUGGAGCUUUACAGCUCCUUGGCCUCACCCUAGUGCCAGAAAGCCCCACUUGGCUUGCCGAGCAUCAAAAGGGGAGUCUGGCCAGAGAGGUUCUACAACGGAUACGCGGAAAAGAUGCCGACAUUGAAGAGGAAAUCGAAGGAUGGCCAGCUUCAGCAGGUCCCUCAGAUGGUUCCGGGGAAGAGCAAUCCCUGCUCACGCCACCGUCAGGCAACAUACCACCCAAACAGCCCCCCGUCACGAUCCUACGUGCCGUCACUGACCCCUCCUACCGUCCAGCCAUCAUUGCCGUCGUCGGGGUCAUGGUGGCACAACAGUUCACCGGUAUCAACAGUAUCAUCAUGUAUAGCGUUUCCCUGUUACAGAGCAUCCUUCCCACCACCGCAGCCCUCCUCACAGUAGCCAUCUCCGCCAUCAACCUAAUCAUCACCCUCGCCUGCUCCCCACUUCCCGACAAAAUCGGCCGACGAUCCUGCCUCCUUCUCAGCAUCAGCGGCAUGGGGUUCAACUCCAUGCUCCUAGCUCUAGGCAUAUACUUCAACCAGAAGGUCCUCUCCGCGAUCGCAGUGCUACUCUUUGUAGCCUGCUUCGCCGUCGGCCUUGGCCCAGUCCCCUUCAUCUUAGCCUCGGAGCUCGUCGGCCCUGAAGCCGUCGGCGCAACGCAAAGUUGGGCCCUAGCAGUUAACUGGAUCGCAACCUUCGUGGUAGCGCAAUUCUUCCCCAUGCUGAACGAUGCCCUAGGCGGCCGAGGCAAGAUCUAUUGGGUGUUUGCCGUUAUGGCCUGCAUUCUAGGCGGAUUUAUCUACUGGCGCGUUCCAGAAACUAAGGGGAAAGCCACUGCCGAUGAGGUCUGGGGGAGAGACGAUCGUCGAAGACGCGACUGAAUAUAAUGUUCGUAGUGAGAUGUGCGCACUAGCUUUUCUAAGAUAUGGUGUUUUAUUGGGACUUUUUUUUUUCCGGGGGUUUCAUUUGUGUCAUUCUUACUUGAGCAGAUUGAGAAACAGCAUACUUUUAGGUUACUCGGUGUAUGGCUUUGAUGGAUGGAUCUACUGUGAUCGUGCCCAAGCCAGUUUUAAUACCCAAAUCAACGAGAAUUACUCGUCGCCAACGAGUGUGAACUGGGCCUUGGCGACGAGCAAUCUUUU